UUGCAGCUCUCAAGAUCGUGGGCCUUUUCGUUCGAAGGAUGUAAUGUGACACAAUCGUGCUGGUUCCACCCACCUACUUGCGAGCAGAACACCCAAGCAAAAUGCAUUUCUGGAGUACGAUGGUCGAUGGAGCCGGAUGGGAUCAAAAUCCAGCUCCAAACGUACGUAGAUGACUUGGACUCGAGUCGACCAUACUACGCGGCACUCGGUUUCAGUUAUAAUCAGAGAAUGGAAAUAGUUGAAUGUGUGCAACCAGCGGGGGGUACGGGAAAGGUGCAGGUCUCGUUUAAUGACGAAACUUUCAAUAACGUAUUACCACAGGCUUCGUCAGUUCUACUUGAAGGUGGUAGUUCAAUGCUCGAAGAUGGCUUGCUGACGUGCGACAUGAAACUGCUUCUUGACAAUGUUGUUCUCGUAUCGAACGACACCAUGUUCAUGAUACACGAUCUUGAAGCUCGGCCUUACUAUUUAUUGUUUGCACGGGGAAACGCCGACCCUUGGACACUAGAAAAGGAUAUACAUUCUGUGAACGAUGGCCCUCAGUUUCCGUGGAUGACUCAAGAAAUGGUUACAUUCUGUCGUGGUGACAACUGUACAUGGAACAAUUUGUAUCUUCUCACUGAUGGAAUGCAGUCACCAGUCGAGCGCUACUGGAGGUACCGCGUCGCAGUGCUGCACGGUGUUACACUCAUUUUUGCUUGGUGGGUGCUCGGUUCGUCUGGCAUUCUCAUAGCUCGCUACUUCAAACCUCUAUUUCCACGGAAAAAGCUUCUCGGAACCGCUGUAUGGUUUCAGCUUCAUCGCGACAUAUUUUUGAUUUCGGUUGUGCUGCAAGUUUUGGCUGUUGUUUUCAUUUUCUGGCAAGCUGGAUGGGUUUGGUAUCAGUGCUCCUACCAGUGCACUCUUAAGGAUUUCUCCAAGAAAAUGCACGUGAUUACUGGUGUGAUCGCUACAGUCCUAGCCGUGAUACAACCUUUUUUCGCAUUUCUCCGCCCCUCACCAGACUCUGAGUAUCGCUUCAUCUUCAACUGGGGUCACUGGCUGAUCGGUAUGACCGCGUGGAGCUUCGCCAGCGUUACGAUGGUACUUUCGUUACCUAUGGGCAAGACUGGCUUGAAUUCAGUAUAUGGAUACGCUCCGAAUUGGCUAAUGGGUGGAUACAUCCUUUUCUUCAUCGGAUGCAACAUUGUUAUGGAGAUGCUAGCGACAAACAACGAACCACACCGUUUUAUUGUAGGGCCAUCAGGCAUGGCUCUUUCCCAUUUGAAUGGGCCAGCCGUUGAGUCUCCUCUAGCUCCGCCGACGCGAGCGAACGCCCGUCUGUUUGUGUUCGCCGUGCACCUGGUCGUCGCCUUCGGUGUUGCCAUCACCGUCACAACGAUGCUGGUGAAGAUCUUGCUUUCACACUCACCAUAA